UCAGACCACACCCACGCAAACCACUCCACCACCGGCCAUCGCGCUUUUCCCAUUCCCUCGCCGCCGCCGCCGCCGCCAAUCUCCUUCUCCGCGGCGCCGCCAUGCUCCGGCUCAGGUGCUGCCUCCUCACCCAGCUCCUCUCGUCUCCCUCCGCAUCUCCCGCCUCCCAGCUCCGCCGCCUCAUAUCCACCGCCGCGCCCGCCAUCUUCCCGAACCCUAGCUUCGACGUGGAGGGGUACCUCGUCUCCACCUGCGGCCUCACCCGAGCACAGGCCCUCAAGGCCUCGGCCAAGCUCUCCCACCUCAAGUCCCCUUCCAAGCCCGACGCCGUGCUCGCCUUCCUCGCCGGCCUCGGCCUCUCCGGCGCCGACGUCGCCGCCCUCGUCGCCAAGGACCCGCUGUUCCUCUGCGCCAGAGUGGAGAAAACCCUGGCCCCCGUCGUCGCUGGGCUCACCGGCCUCGGCCUGUCACGUUCUGACAUCGCGCGCCUCGUCUCGCUCUCCCGUGACAAAUUCCGAUGUAGAUCCAUCGUCUCCUAUCUACAAUACCACCUGCACCUCUUCGGCUCCUUUGAGAACCUCCUCCCUGCUCUCAGGCGCGGCUUAUGCCUUGUUUCGGCCGACCUCGAGACAGUGGUCAAGCCCAAUGUUGCGUUCCUUAAAGAGUGCGGGCUAGGUGAUUGCGACAUUGCCAAGUUGUGUAUCGGUCAACCAUGGCUGCUUGCCUCAAGCUUAGAGUGCGUCCGGGCAGUGGCGGCACGCGCCGAAGGUAUUGGUGUGCCCUGUGGCUCUGCGAUGUUCAGGCACGCGUUGUGGGCUGUUGCACGCCUCAGCAAGGAGAAGAUCGCCGCCAAAGUGGAGCACUUGAAGAAGAUGCUCAGGUGGUCAGAUGCUGAGGUGCGCAUUGCUUUGUCCAAGUCUCCAGGGAUGCUGAGUUUUUCUAGUGACAGGCUGCAGGGCAUCUCAGAGUUCCUCAUCUCCAAGGCAGGGCUGGAACCAGCAUACAUUGCUCAUCGGCCCGCCAUGCUCAAUUAUAGCCUGGAGGGCCGGAUCAAACCCCGGCACUACGUUGUAAAGUAUCUCAAGGAAAAUGGAUUUCUAGAUCAUGAUCGGGACUAUUAUAAUACGCUCUGUAUCAGCGAAAAGUUAUUCAUGGAGAGGUUCAUAUGUCCUCACAAGGAAGCUGCACCCCACCUCGCUGAAGACUAUGCCGAUGCUUGUAGAGGGGAAGUGCCUUUCAGUUUCAGAUUUACAUAAACCAAGAACGGGCUAUGAGUAUUGGUAACUGUGUAUGGCGCAACAGAGUUUUACACUCUGUGCAGUGAGCUAGUAAUUUCUGUUUCGGUGUUCUUUGCCUAAUUGGAUCUUGGCUGUCUGCUCUAUUAUGUCUGGUACAUGUCAAUUUAGUGUCGCUAUUUCCAUAUGAAACUGGUAAUUUGAUUGUGACUUCUUUGUAUGUCCAUCACACCAUUCCAGUAGAGAAGCAUCGCACUACGGUUAACAUGUCCAUCCUCAUAUCAUAUUGACACACGUAAUAGAAGCAAGAGUGUGUGAGAUCAGGGUAUUUCUACAAAUGGUUUCAAAUAUCAGUGAUAGAGUAUGUCUGGAUACUCUAUCGUUAUGUUCUCAACGACCAUUGCAGUUUUCAGUGCAAUCCUUAACUACCUUUCCAUGAAAAAUGUUCUCAUUUUGGUCAUUAUUAAUUGAAGUCUCAAAAUUUCCCUUUGGAUGGCGGAAACAAUUGUGGAAUUGUUGAUGGCCACAAUGUGUAGAUCACUGCCGAGGAUGCAGUUUUGAACUAGUUUGUUGGUUCCUUCCUCUUAGUUCUUCUAAGGUGGUAGUCUUCGUUUUCCUGCAGUUGCUCUGUUUAUAAGAUAUUGACUGUACAAGAAAGCAUGUCAUUGUUUACUAGUAGUGGUUUGUAUCAGCUUUUUUUUCCCCGCUGUAUGUUUUUGGAUGGCCUAUUGGCUUAUACUUUUUCUAGGGACAUCUGAUCUCAAAAUUGAAUAAUGUUGUUCGCGUUCUGAAAAUACUUGGCAGUUUUACGGCUACUUCAGAAUUUUUAUCACCUUUUGAAAGCCUUAUAUUACUUAAGCUUUAUCAAGCACAAGAAGAUAGGCCAUGUUGUUUCCUUCACAAUAUUACUUAUAAUGUUAGAUGUAUUAUAUAUCUGGAUGACUGUUAGGACUGUAGUUCGAGAGCCACUGGGUCCAUUUUAUGCCACACAAGUAAAACCCAGUGUAUCCACACACACAGUGUAACAUGAACUCUUGGAGUUAUCAGGUUGUCGUUGCAGUUAACACUAGUUAUUUUUCCCUCUUUAUUUGCUUCAAGGAUUACUGAUGGUAGUGCACUUAUUUACUUCCUGGUCCUCGUGUUGGUGGAAGUACUGCAUCAAAGAAUGUAAACAAAUGGCUCGAUGAGAUGAUUACAUGGUAUGAAUCUUCCACCAGUAUUCCGAGAGGUGGUCCUUGCAAGUUGCUUAUCUCCUUGUUGAAGAUACCGUGUCAGCAAAAUGGGAAACCAUGCACACCAUUUGGGUCAGACCCAUCACAGGAGGUCCUCAUUUAGGCUACAAUUUAAAGUGGUUCCUUUCAAGGAUUCAGAAGAUUACUGAGUUGGCUUAUACCCAGUGCCAGUAGUAUCUCAAAUUAUAGAUUGGUAUUAUGAGGUAGCUGAAUGUCUAACUCGUCUUCUGGCAAUAUGAGACGGAUACUGACGGUCCAGAGAUGGCAGUAGCUAAGCUGUUUUCAUCUUGUAAGAGAAGUGGCGCUCAUAUUGGGGGGAUUUUGAAUCCAAUGUUCGUUUCGGGGAAAAUACCCCCUCUUGAAGUCAGAUGCAGGUUCUUCUUAUAUUCUGUGUCAUUGCCAUAGCUAACCAAGUGCCCCCCAUCCCCGGUACUAGUUGUGGGUUUUGUCUGAAAUGAAGAUAAUGUAUCUCAUGGUCAUGGGGUAGCAGUAGCAUGCUGGUUUAUCCUCUCCAUGAGCUAUAGAGCAAGCGGUCCAUGGGAGAAGAUGAUCUGAAACUGGAUGCCGACGCAUGGCGCCUAAAACGAGGCAGAGGAUCAGCUUCAGUCCAGGGCACACUGCAGGCGCAUAUUGCAGUCAGCCGGCUAGACUCCCAAAGUUUUUGAUUAUGAUUUGCUUGCGGAUUAUUGAGAGCUACGUGCCACGAGAUCGCGGUUGUUUAGAAGAGAGCAGUUUUUUUUUUUUGCGGGUGAAGAUGGCACCCAAUAUAUGUUCGGUUAAUUUAUUUUAGAUGGGAGUGUGUUGGCCGUUGGAUGAACAAAUUCUUGCGUGGUCUGUGACGGGCUCCACUUUUCCGUUGCCCCCAUGAUACAUACAACAGCUUGCCGCUGCCUGGUGCUGUAAAA